AUGGCGGCCCCUCGUGUGCUUUUACGGAGAGAUGUUCAAACUACUGGAUCUUCACCAACGAGCAGGACAAUGAAAUUAAAUGUCGUGCAAGGCUUAGCAUCCCUUCCAAAAGGUCAACUUAAAUAUGAUACGAAUUGGAAACCAACCAUUGAGGCUCUCGAAGAGUUUUCUAAACCACCACGUUUAUCAAAGGAAAUGUUGUCGUCAGUUUCCCCAACGAGUAAGUCACUUAGUUUGUCAGGAGGCGCAAGAAUAAAGCAGCGUAUAGAAGAGUCAGAAUCUGAUGUUAUUUCUAUCAAUAGUGCUUCUAGUAGUGUCGAACAUACGGUAGAAAAUGACAGAAUUAAAGCGAGGGAGGCUGACCUGCUUGAAAAGGAAUUACAGGCAAGCUUCGAUACAACGCAUGUUGAUAUCAAAAAUUACACAGAAGGAAAGCAUCUGCAAGCACAGGAUAGGCUCCGUUCAAGAAAAGAGAAGAUGAUAGAACAUUUUAAAACAUUACAGGAAGAAAAAGAUAAUUAUUUACAAGAGAAAGAGAAUGAAAGAGUUGAGGAAUUUAUUAAAUCUGUGCAAGCACUGCAAGAAGAUGAAACGAGAAAAAGCGAGGAAGCUAGACAACGUCAGCAACAACUUGAACAGUCACAUGAAGAGUAUGCACAACGGGCAGUUAGAAAAGUAAAAGAAGUAGAGGCUUUAAGAUUAAAGGUUCUUAAAGAAGAACAACAGAUCAGGAAACAGCUAAUGCAGCUGGAAGUGUCAUUCACUAGUAUAAGGGAAACUGCUUCAACCAUUCAACAGAUUUUUCAGCAAUGUAAGUAUCAGUCGUCAUUGUCAACGUCAAUGACAGAUGUGCUUAAAGAGGUAGAUAAGGUCCUGAAAGUUUCACAGAAUGCUUUUGAUGAUGCAAAUGAAAAGGGACAAGUUACUGAGAUGAAUGAGAAGAUUAUGCAUGAGUGUUCUUCUCUGAUCCAAGCCAUGCUUCAAAAGACUAAAAACAUUGUUGAGGAGAUCAGUGUAAAAGCAAUGAAAGAAGAAGCUGAGCGUCAGGCUAAAGCAAAGGAGGAGGCAGAGAAAAAGGAAAAGGAAAAAGCUGAGAAAGAAAAAGCCGAGAGAGCUGCAAGAGAACGCCAGAACAGCCAGAUAUCUACUUCAGCUAGUCAAACAACUUCUGGUAAACAACAGACUUCUGGUCUGUCUAAAGAGCUCACCUCUUGCAUUUCAGAAUUGGCUUGGCAUGAGUAUUCACGAUUACUUAGUUACAAAGCUGAGAUAACAAAGACAGCUGAACCGUUGAACACCGACAAGUCCUUAAAGCAGUUAAAAUUUGACCUUCAGAAGGCUGUUGCUACACCAAUCAAUUCUAUAUCUGAAGAGUCAAUACUUGACAAGAUACAGCGCUUGACUAAAUUCCUUUCUAGGGCAUCAGUUGCAGUUGGACGUAAAGAGAUCUCCAUUUCUGUGCAUCCAGCGGCUGAGGUAAGUAGACUGUGAGCACUGAUAAGGUCGAAGGAUUAGGGUAUGUUCGAUUGACCAUAUCCCGAAAUAAAAAUGAAAGGAAUGAACUCUAAAAGUCAUUCAUUUUAGUGUUUAUUGCUUUGCAAUAGCUAGAAAUCUGAGUGUAUGAAAAUUAAUAUAAUGUCCCAAUGUAUGUAACAUUUAAGCGGCCCAAAAAUUAUCCAGAGAACUGCAAUGAAACUUUUGCACAUUCUCAUAAUAUUUCCUGAAUGCGCCCUUAGCAACCCUUAGUAAAAUGUAUAAAUUCAAGAAAUUCUCCAAAGAAGGACAUGCAUCCCACUUUGUAGGAAAAUUGAGAGAAAUUAAUUUUACUGACUGAAAGCAGUAUCCACUGAAAAAUCGAAAAGUAAUGGAGACAUCUGUUUUCUGUUGUCUUCUUUAAAUAGCCGCAGUUAUGGCUUGUCUCUGUGAGUGUCUGCAAUAGUAACAAACUUUGUAAACUAUAAAAUCUCUGAGGCAACUGUGACAAGUGAUGUACUGGGAUAAAUUAUUUUAUCUAUACAGGCAUUUAAAUUGCAUGAAUUGUCCAAAAUUUAUUUUGGUUCUAUUUUUCUUCUGUUUUCUUAUGAAAGUAGCCAUGGGCCUCAUUCUUAGUAGCUGGGAGAAAUCCCCAGCCCCCACCUGUAAAUGACAGCCUUGUAUAUUCACUUUUGUUUUUCUUGCCCCUCUGUGUCGUCUGCCAUUCAGCAAAGUGUUUUUGUACCUUGUGACCAUUUCAUGCACAGGGCCCAUUACUCCCAAAACAAUUGCAUAUUCCCGACAACUUGAAAUCUCAGUGACAGCCCUGAAAAAUUCUAUGAAAUUGACCCCCAAUAAAAAGUACCCUAUAACGUUCUGUUCCAUUGUUUACUAGAAUAAUUAUUAUUAUUGUAAUUUUAUGUACAGGCAUACUGCAAGGAAAUGAUUGCAAGAAAACUGGUGGCUCAAGGUUCUCAGCAAGUUUCAUCCAGCGUCAGUUCUGCUUUUCCAAUUGCUGCAGUUGCCAUAGGGGUGUGGUCCAGUUUUCCUGAUGUUGGUGAUCUUAUUCUAAUGAGGUUCUACGAGGAGUGCCCAUUCCUGGUACCAUUUUAUAUCCCUAAGGCGGCUGGGAUGACAGAUGCAGAGUACUUUGCUACUCUUGGCUAUCUGUGUUCAGAUGGUCAGGUUGAACAAAAAGACAAGUACCUCAAGCGCAUGACUGGAAUUGUCCGCCUGUAUGCGGCAAUUAUCUCCUCCCUACCCCCACCGGGACAAUCACAACCACACCCCCAUGGGCCUGAAAAGGGAUGGACUUGGUUGGCAAGAAUGUUGAACUUAGAACCACGACCAGACUACACUGCUACGGCUCUUUAUGAAUUUUUAUCCAUUGCAGGGCACGCACUGAUGAAACAGUACAAGAAACAGUUUGGCAAGCUACUCAACACCUUGGUGUUAGACUAUGUACCCAAGAUUGAGAAAGUUACCGCAAAGGAACAGAGUGGACCCGUUAGUAGAUUAAAGAUCUUUCUGGAAAAAUGCAUCAAGGAUCAGAAAAUUCCUUUGCCAGAAGGGUACCUCACACCACAAUGGUGGCGAUCUGCUAGAUUUUAAAUGAGGAAAAGUGGGUGGAGACCUUUCACGUAAAUUUAACUUUUUAGCCAUAAAAAUCCUAAUAAAAGAUGACACUUUUUAUCUGUUUAAGAGGAGGUAACAUUUCGGACAGGCGGCUUUCUCAAGAUUUAUAAGUUGGAGGUCUCUCUCAUCUAGUUUACUUUUCAAACAUGUAACAAGAACCAUGUCACUAUACGAGUGACCCUGACUUCUUCGGAAUUUGAGUUUUUAUCCCCGUUUAGCUUCUCAGGUGAUAUUCCUUCAAAAACUCUUUUCCUAGACCUUUUAAAAAAGCUCUUCGUCUGAUUUAAUAUUGCCAGGGAUGAUUUAAUAUUGCGCGAGACCUCUCCCGGCUUCGUCGCUCGCUCGGCCGCUUCGAGGCCUAAAAAGCGCGCUCCGCUCGCUUUGAAACUCGUGAAGUCGACUUGCGGCAAGUCUACUCUUCUCCUGGACAAUUUUGUAGACUUGUGGC